AUGGGUGAAAUCGGUACGAAUCUGCUCCUGCGGAGGAUCGCUGAACAAGCCCGCGAACAGAGCACGAUACGUGACGCAGCACUGGAGAACAAAUUUCGAAGGCUGCCCAAUCCAACGUCGCCCAGAAACGGCAAACGGGUGCACAACCUGUCAUCAAAGGAGCUGACGAAGGAUCAGAUGCAGGUUUUACGGCACGAAACUUCAUUUAACACGGCUGACGCCAAACCUGUUAACAUGAUUGCAGCAGUGGAAUCAAUCCUUUGUCAGACGGAGGCAACGGAGGAGACUAAGAACCUCAUCCGACACCAAGUGUCGUCUCUCCUGAUGGCCCACAGGCCGCGGGAAGUGCUUUCCAAGGUCGAACGUGAUGCGCUUAGAGAACUCAAGGCCGACAAAGACCUGGUCAUCGUGCCUGCGGACAAAUGA